AUGCUGGCGGCGUUGCUUAACUUGGCAGAGGACACAUCCCUCCUUCCCCCCUCUGCGAUGUGUGGGUUAUCAAAGGAGACAAAGCUAAAACAAGAAAAACAAGCAAAUAACAGAAGAGAGAAAAGAAUUGCGACACCUUUUCUUUCUCACCCUUGUUGUGUAGUCGUCAGCGUGGAGGUUGUGCCAAGGGGUGGAAUGGGCAGCAGCACGGUGUUCGCGUACUCCGCGCUGAUGGGUGGCAAAAGCGUGGCACUCUCCAAUUACACCGGGCGCGUAACUGUUGUCGUCAACACCGCCUCCCUUUGCAGCUUUGCCAACUCGAGCUUGCAGCAGUUGACACACGUGCAGGAAACGUACGGACCGCGCGGUGUCACCAUCCUGGCUUUUCCCUGUGCUCAGUUUGCCAACCAGGAGCCGAAAAGCAACGAAGAGAUCACCGUGUGGGCGCAAACGUGUGGCGUGAAUUUUCCGCUGUUCGACAAGGUGAAGGUGAAGGGGCCGGAUGCACACCCGUUGUUUCAGAUGCUGCAGGCCUCGCUCGGCCCUAUACGCUGGAAUUACACGAAGUUUAUAUGCGACCGUGAAGGCAUCCCGCUGGUUAAAUUGGACUCGUCCUCCUCUUUUGAAGAGCUGCGGCACUCCAUCGAGCAGGCUUGCGGGCCGCAACGGGGUGCAUGA